UUAAACCUUGAUUUUAACAAAUCACGUGCGUUUAAAUAUUAUUAGAAGUGACUGGUGUGAUGAGAGGUGGUUUCGUUGUAUUGAAAUAUCAUGUUGGCGAUAAGAAAUUUGAAAUUAUUCAAAAGUGGUUUUUCGCUUGGUGUCAGCUGCUUGUAGCCAGCAUUGUGCAAAACACACACUGCCAGAUUUGCCAUAUGAUUACAAUGCUCUUGAACCAGUUAUUUCAGCAGAAAUAAUGCAACUUCAUCAUCAGAAACACCAUGCAACGUAUGUAAACAAUCUUAACAUUGCAGAAGAAAAAUUAGCUGAAGCUCAAGCAAAAAGUGACAUAACAAGUAUAAUUGCUUUGCAGCCUGCUUUAAGAUUUAAUGGAGGGGGGCACAUCAACCACUCCAUCUUUUGGCAAAAUUUGUCACCAAAUGGAGGAGGUGAACCAGAUGGUGAUUUGAUGCAUUUAAUUAAAUCUGAUUUUGGAAGUUUUGAGAACUUUAAAACUCAGAUGUCCAAUAUGGCUGUGGCUGUUCAAGGCUCAGGAUGGGCAUGGCUUGGUUUCAAUACAACCACCAAUAGCUUACAGCUUUCAUCAUGUGCUAAUCAAGAUCCACUCCGGGCUACAACAGGCUUAGUUCCUCUGUUUGGGAUAGACGUAUGGGAGCAUGCUUAUUAUUUGCAGUAUAAGAAUGUCAGACCAGAUUAUGUAAAAGCUAUGUGGAAUGUUGUCAACUGGACGGAUGUUUCUGAAAGGCUGGUUGAAGCUCAACAAAAUGUUGGAGUGUAAAGUUUCCAAAGAAGGCUGUUAUAAAAACAUUGACUACAAACAUAUCUACUUAGCAGUUGUUGCUUCUGACUAUAAACUAACUGUUUGCUUUAAAACUUUAGUUAAAAUUGGUCUUUCCACCAAAGACAUCAAUGUGUACUUCAGAAUCAGAAUGAUGGUAAAAUAACAUGAAUAAAGCUAUGUUUGUAAA